CUGUUACUAGGAGUCUGUUGUCGGAGUCCUGUGUAUGUGGGGCCGAUCUAGUUCAUAGUCUGCAAGAUGGGGCUUCUCUCAGUCGGGGUCGGGCCCUUCCGGAACCGAGCGAGGGCGUUGGGCAAAAAAAUCCCCACGGUUUUUGCUAAUUUUCGCAUCGGCGGUGCAGCUGCAUCGAACUCUGCACUAAUUCAGAGAAAGCCUACAGGACUAAGUCAACACAAUUUCACACUAGUUCGAUUACUUAGCUCCAACAAACCGCCAAGAGGGUUUGAGAAGUUUUUCCCUAAGAGUGAAGAGAACUCCGGAAUCAACAAAUCAGCAGAGGAUAAUGAAGAUGAAAACGCCAAAGAUCCUGAUUCUCAGCAAAGAGGAGAGAAUGACACAGGUGGAGACGAGGACGGAAGGGGCAGAGGCAGAAAAAAGGACAAAUCGGACUGGUGGACACGUUUUCAGGAUGAUUUUCCGUUGGAUGAAAAAACGAUGCGGAAUGUUUUAAUUGGUGUAGCGGGCAUGGCUUCUGCCUUCCUCUAUUUCUACUUCCAAGAAACGGGGAAAGAGAUCACCUGGAGGGACUUUGUGCAUCACUACCUGGGCAGAGGACUGGUCGAUCAUCUAGAGGUUAUCAACAAGCAGUACGUCAAAGUGAUUCCUGUCCAUGGGGUCGACACAUCAGAGGUGAGCUACUUGUGGUUUAAUAUUGGCAGUGUGGAUGCAUUUGAGCAUAAGUUGGAGAUGGCCCAGCAGGAGAUGGGUCUGGACUCUACACACAAAGUACCCGUGGUCUACAGCAGUAAAAGUGACGGGACACUGCUAUUGAGCAUGCUCCCAACUGUCCUACUGGUCGGCUUUCUGCUUUUUGCCAUGCGGCAAGGACCGGUGGUGGGUGGUGGUGGAGGAAGGGGGCGAGGUAGUAACCCCUUCAGCAUGAGUGAAUCCAAAGCCAAGAUAAUAAAAGGCAGCAUCGACGUGCGUUUCAAGGAUGUUGCCGGCUGUGAGGAGGCCAAACUCGAAAUUUUGGAGUUUGUAAAUUUCCUGAAAAACCCCCACCAGUACCAAGACCUGGGAGCCAAGAUCCCUAAGGGUGCCGUGUUGUCAGGCCCUCCUGGGACAGGGAAGACUUUGCUGGCUAAAGCCACUGCAGGAGAGGCCAAUGUCCCCUUUAUCACAGUCAACGGCUCUGAGUUUCAGGAGAUGUUUGUUGGCGUGGGCCCGGCCAGGAUAAGAGAUAUGUUCUCUCUAGCUCGGCGGAACGCCCCCUGCAUCCUUUUCAUUGAUGAGAUAGACGCUGUGGGAAGGAAGAGAGGCCGAGGGAGCUUUGGUGACCAGAGUGAACAGGAGAAUACACUCAACCAGCUGCUAGUCGAGAUGGACGGGUUCAACUCCAGCACCAAUGUGGUUGUUUUGGCUGGUACCAACCGAUCCGACAUCCUGGACCCAGCUUUGAUGAGGCCCGGACGUUUUGACCGACACAUCUACAUCGGUCCGCCUGACAUAAAAGGCAGGGCGUCCAUCUUCAAGGUGCACUUGAGACCUCUCAAGCUGGACCAAAGUAUAGAGCCAGAGGCUUUGGCUAGGAAGUUGGCUGCACUAACUCCAGGAUUUACUGGAGCCGAUAUUGCCAACGUGUGUAAUGAGGCUGCUCUGAUAGCAGCACGUCACCUUCGCCAGUCCGUCAGCGCCAAGCACUUUGAACAGGCAGUAGAGAGGGUUAUCGGAGGUCUGGAGAAAAAGAGCCAGAUUCUGCAGCUUCAAGAGCGAACCACCAUCGCAUACCAUGAGGCCGGCCAUGCCGUGGUCGGCUGGUUCCUGGAGCAUGCAGACCCCCUGCUGAAGGUGUCCAUCGUUCCCAGAGGGAAGGGUUUGGGCUACGCUCAGUAUCUGCCCAAGGAGCAGUAUCUGUUCACCAGAGAGCAGCUGUUUGACCGGAUGUGUAUGAUGCUGGGGGGCCGCGUGGCAGAGCAGGUUUUCUUCAGCCGAGUGACCACGGGGGCGCAGGACGACCUCAGCAAGGUCACGCAGUCUGCCUACGCCCAGGUGGUCCAGUUUGGAAUGAGUGAGGCGGUGGGCCAGGUGUCCUUUGACCCCCCGCAGCAGGGUGGCUGGCUGAGUGAGAAGCCCUACAGCGAGCCCACCGCCCAGCUCAUCGACCAGGAGGUCCGCUUGCUCAUCGAUGCAGCCUUCCAUCGCACACAUCAGCUUGUCACUGUCAAGAAGGCACAGGUGGAGAAGGUGGCCGAGCGUCUCCUAGAGAAGGAGGUCCUGGACAAGGGCGACAUGCUGGAGCUGUUGGGGCCUCGUCCCUUCAGCGAGAAGUCCACAUAUGAAGAGUUUGUGGAGGAGACGGGAAACCUGGAGGAGGACACUUCCCUGCCGGAGGGGCUUAAAAACUGGAACAAGGGUAGAGCGGAGCAAGAGCCCCCGCAAAGACAGAAGCGCAAACAGGCCCUCUACCUAUAGCAGUACCCCGUCCCCACCCCACCCCCGUCCCCACGCCACACGUGACCAUGGGGGAACACAUGGGAAGAUGUGCGACUGGUUGGACAAUGUGUUGCAGACUAUUAUCAGGGCCCACUUUUGUCUACGUCAGAAAGCAGUUCUCAGUCGUUACACUGAGAGUAGCAGGGGGAAGGUAGGUGAUAUGGUGUACGUCUAAAAUGACCCAGAUGAUGCAAUGUGAACGCUUUUAUUGUAGCGCUGAUGUUCUAAUGCAACAGCGAAACGUGAACCACCUCAUUUAGAUUUAAGCGCAAAUUGAAGUCAUGAAGCUAAAUGCUGUGAGCCUUCGCCCUUCGGCAGCGUUCACUCCACCGGAAAUGCCCUUGUUCACUCUGUACCUUAGUUCCCUCCCUGUUCCUCUAAAGUCCCGCCAGCUGUUAAGAUAGUUGGGUGGGUUUAGACUACCUGGUAUGUCGUCCCAAUGGCGUGGCGGUCUAUUCCGUUGCCUACCAACACGGAGAUCGCCGGUUCGAAUCCCCAUGUUACCUCCGGCUUGGUCGGGCGUCCCUACAGACGCAAUUGGCCGUGUCUGCGGGUGGGAAGCCGGAUGUGGGUAUGUGUCCCGGUCGCUGCAUUAGCGCCUCCUCUGGUUGGUCGAGGCACCUGUUCGGGGGGCGCAUGUGGAGGUCAACAUCGUUUUCCCCAGAUCCACUUGCAGCUGUGUAAGCACCUCGCCGCUAGCUGCGGGACGUGAUAUCCAGACCGGCUCCCCACCCGGGAGCAGAUCCGGUAAUGUUCGCUGGGGCGUAGCGCAUUAGGCCGCUUUGCCACCUGAACGUCCUCCUCCCCCGCUCCAUCGACAGGAGUUGGAAGAGGUAACGGCGGCGUGCAGAAGCAGUAUUAUAACGUGUACUGUGUGUGUGGGUGUGAGGGUGAGGGUGACUUUGUGAAACGCAAACUUUUAAGAGAGUGUGCUGGCAUUGAUGAUUAGUUUGGAAUGAACAGUCCAGGGUUCGGUAUUUAUUCAGACAUGGCGGGUCUGCGAUGAGCCCAUCAGUUACGUGCUGCAGCAGCAUCACGUUUUUAUGUAAGCUACAUUUCGUUCUGAGGCUUGUUAUCCUCUUUCAACCUUGUUGAAGUUCAGCAACAAACUCUCCCCCCAGGCUGUCUACUCGCAUGCUUUCCUACUCCGUUAUUCCACCGUCGAUGUUACAUGAAGGGUUGUUAGGUUACACUGAAAAGACGGUUGUUGUGUUUCCUUCUUUGGGUCCCACAGUGAUGUUCUGGUCAGCCCUCCUAUAUACUGGAGAUCUCCAUACGAAUCUCCGUGGCUUAAACUAGCCCGC